AGACAAGCCCACGUUUACACGUGCGACAACGAACCUCGAAGCACGACAACCACGCUAGAUUUCUCCCGCCUACGAGCUUAUACGAAUCCUGCCAAAGUAAUUCUGAAGCUGCGAAAUGCUCCAGCGACAGUCUCACAGCCCAUCAUGAGCAACCUCCAACCCCCCAACACCGUGGCGCCAACGCCUACACCAAGCGGCAACAAAGACCCUGGCCUGCGAUACCCCAGCAAUGGAAAGAAUAUCUACAGUCGCCCAUUGAAUAGGACCAAGACGGCUGAGCUGAGCCAGGCGAGCUUUGCGUAUCUGUUUGGCGAGAUGGUGACGUAUGCGCAGAGAAGGGUCAAGGGCAUUCAGGAGCUUGAACAGCGACUUAAUCUUCAAGGCCACUCUAUCGGUCUCAAGCUCCUCGAUCUUCUCCUCUUUCGCGAACCAGCGCGUACACAGACUCGACCACUAAGCAUAAUUGCCCUCCUCCACUUCAUAAAGCAAAAUAUCUGGCAGCACCUCUUUGGUCGUCAAGCAGACCGACUCGAGAAAUCCGCCAACCCCGAAACACCAGAUGAAUAUAUGAUCAUCGACAACGAGCCCCUUGUCAACCAAUACAUCAGCGUACCCAAAGAAAUGAGUCAGCUUAACUGCGCUGCGUACGUAGCCGGUAUUGUUGAAGGUGUCUGCGAUGGAGCUGAUUUCCCGGCAAGAGUUACGGCGCAUACGGUUGCGGAGGGUGAUAUGUGGCCUGGCAAGACGGUCUUUCUUGUCAAGUUUAGACCGGAGGUCUUGGAGAGGGAGGGAUUCUUGGGGAAGAAUUAAGUGGUGAGGAUGGAGUUUUGGAGUUUUUAUGAUGGGCUGGGUUUGAUAGAGACGAAUUGUGUCUUUGGCGAUGUGAUAUCAUGCCUGAUUUAAUCUUGAACCAUUCUGCCAUGCUGCUUCUCUAUAUUCAUGCUACGCCCAACGCCUUGCUCAAAACAACAACAAUGUGCACACGGCCUCAUCGUGGCAGAGCACUUCCAGAGCCCUUGGGCUUUCCACCAGUUCCAAUACUAGGACCCUUGUUCAUGAGCUCCGAAAGCCCCAAGUCCUUCCAAGCAGGCUCCUUUGACUUUUGCGUAGCGCGCUGAAUUCCAAAAGCAGCAUGUUGAUCAGGCACGACAUCGUCUUCGUCUUCCGGGUUGAUGGGCUGGUGAACAGGUGGAACGUAGAUCUCGUCAUCGGGGAGCUUGUCCUUGCAGAAGUCCUCGAAGAGGUCUGCGUCGCGGGAGCGGUGCAUGUGGACGAACGUGAACGAUGAGUCUUUGUUCUGAAACUGUUAGCUGGGCAAGAAGGGUUUGGAGUAGGGUAAAGUUACCAUUUUGAAGGAUGUCAAGGUAUCUUGAAUGGUUUGUUUGUUGAUGU